AUGGUGGCCACGGCCUACGCCACAAUCAUAACCCAACCUGCUAACUACAACUACGGCGGCUAUGGUCUGAACUAUGGCUAUGGUCUUAAUUACCCGGUCAGUUACGGUCUCAACAACGGCUACUACGGACUGAGUGGCAUCCCAUACGCCAGACCCGUCUCAUACAGUUCCUCAUACGUGGUGCCAUCGGUUCGUUACACUCAACCCGUGUAUUCAUCGUAUGGUUUGGGCUAUGGUUACGUUUGCGCGGAUUUUGAUAUCAAAGACUAUAAAGAUGUGAUAAAUUCACGAAACUUUACGGGAAAAGUAGUUUUGGUGACCGGAAGUAGUUCUGGAAUCGGGGAGGGGAUCACAAAACUGUUCUCUAUAUUAGGGGCCAAUGUUGUGGUCACCGGUAGGAAAGAAGCGGAUGUCCAGAGAGUUGCUAAAGAAGUGCAAGAGUUGUCGCCAAAGAAACUAAAGCCAUUAGAAGUGGUCGGAGAUCUCACACAAACUGAAUUCAUCGCUACUUUAAUCGGCAAUACUAUCAAAACAUUUGGAAAGUUAGAUGUAUUGGUGAACAACGCCGGUAUAUAUCCGACGACAAACAUCACCCAAACAGACGUAAUGCAAGUCUGGGAUCAGGUCUUUGCCAUAGACUUGAGAGCAGUCGUCGAACUGAUCCACGAAUCGGUUCCACAUUUGGAGAAAACUAACGGCACUAUCAUUGAUAUCACGAGUUUAUGGGGAAUAUCACCGUCUGCCCAACGUCUGGCGUACGGGUCCGCAAAAGCCGGUUUAGAUAUUCUUACUAAAGUACUGGCCCUCGAAUUGGGAUCCAAAGGCAUUCGUGUCAAUAGUUUAAGCCCAGGCUGUAUACAAACGACUGAUAAACCGGGCCCUAUAUGUGAUAUUGCAAAGACAGUUACACCACUCAAACGAUUGGGACAACCAUUAGAUAUCGCCAAAGGAGUGGUAUUCCUGGCCUCAAGUGAUGCCUCAUUCAUAACCGGCGCUAAUCUGGUGGUCGACGGCGGAUUCGUCUAUACUAUCGAUAUAUUUAAUACUCUGUAA